AUGGGCGAAGUCACCCAAAAGUCUCAGCGCGGCCAACUUUUCCUUCUCCGUAAACAAGGUGACCGUGUUCGGCAUUUGCCAACACGUCGGCGUCGCUCAUCGAGAAUUAAUGAGCUCGCAGCCGUGGGUUUCUUGGCUGACGCUGAUGUGUACGUACAGAAGGACUGGACGAUAAAAAUGGACAUUAAACAUCCAUCCAAGUCUUUCCCUGAGAGGACCCAAAAGACGUCGCUCCCAGUCCCAAAAGGCUACACGUACGUGAGAGUGAUGGGAAAAGGCGGCUUUGGAAUAGUAUACGAAUGUGUGAAAAAUAAAACUGGAGAGCACAUGGUGAUAAAGGUGCCCAAAGACGACAGUCUGGCACACGAGGCGGAAAUCUUGAAAAAGCUCAAGCGCCACAACUCGGAUGAGUCCAACAUCGUGGAGUACAAGGGACAUGUCUUUGCAAGAUUUACGCGGCUCCUGGUGUUUGAAAAACUGGACAUCACCCUGCAUGACUAUGUAAAGGGCUUAACACAGCCAAUGCGACUGGAACACAUCCGUACAGUUAUUCAGCAGCUGGCUGUAGCUUUGAAUACAACGAAGAGUGCUGGCAUAAUCCACACUGAUCUGAAGACGGAUAACAUCAUGAUGGUGGAUCAUGUGAAGCAGCCCUUCAGGGUCAAACUCAUAGAUUUUGGUUUGGCCAACUACAGGUCCGAAGCCAUACCAGGAAAUCUACUCCAAACAGUUCCAUAUAGAGCUCCAGAAAUCAUCCUGGGCCUGCCGUAUUCAGAGGCCAUCGACGUUUGGUCAUUGGCCUGCGUGAUGUCCAAGAUGGUGGCUCAUCAAGUUCCCUUCGGGACAGACUCAGAAUACUAUGUGCUCAAAGAAAUGAUCCGUCUGCUGGGUCUGCCGCCGCAACAUCUCAUCCGAGCUGGCCGGAGGUCACGAUUGUUUUUUCAUAAAAUACCUAAUGGUUUGUGGCGGCUGAAGACACCUAGAGAGUAUUUUGGGAGUUAUAACCCCUUCACGACCUCCGAGUGCCACAAAUUCCGCUCUCUGGAUGAAAUGAAAACGAUGUAUUCUGAGACGGACAACCCAGCAGAAGCUGAUGAGAGGAGGGAGUGUAUCGAGCUGUUGAAGGCGAUGGUUAGGUGGAAUGAGAAGGAUAGAAUCACCCCCAGUGGUAUCCUCAACCAUCCUUUUAUCACCAAAAGCUACCUCAACAGCAGCUCCCCCAUCAGCAGUUGCAAUGAACCUGAACAAUCCACCAGCCUGUUCACCAUGGUUAAGCCUGCAGACCCUGAAAACAGAAUAAACCUGACAGGCUUGCCUGAUGAGGACAGUGACCUGGAGGAGAAGAAGAAGAGAGAAAACACCGAGACUGAGAAUAAAAAGGAUGGUUAUCCUGAGAACAUCCAGGACAGGAAGAACAGUGAAGACAAUGAGAAACCUGUCAACAAGGAGAUCAGUGAACAUGAGGACAGUGAAAAGAAUGACACUGAUGAGAACACUGAGGACAUCCAGGACAGGAAAAACAGUGAAGACAAUGAGAAACCUGUCAACAAGGAGAUCAGUGAACAUGAGGACAGUGAAAAGAAUGACACUGAUGAGAACACUGAGGACAUCCAGGACAGGAAAAACAGUGAAGACAAUGAGAAACCUGUCAACAAGGAGAUCAGUGAACAUGAGGACAGUGAAAAGAAUGACACUGAUGAGAACACUGAGGACAUCCAGGACAGGAAAAACAGUGAAGACAAUGAGAAACCUGUCAACAAGGAGAUCAGUGAACAUGAGGACAGAAAAAGCAGUGAAGACAAUGAGAAACCUGUCAACAAGGAGAUCAGUGAACAUGAGGACAGUGAAAAGAAUGACACUGAUGAGAACACUGAGGACAUCCAGGACAGGAAGAACAGUGAAGAUAAUGAAAAACCUGUCAACAAGGAGAUCAGUGAACAUGAGGACAGUGAAAAGAAUGACACUGAUGAGAACACUGAGGACAUCCAGGACAGGAAAAACAGUGAAGACAAUGAGAAACCUGUCAACAAGGAGAUCAGUGAACAUGAGGACAGUGAAAAGAAUGACACUGAUGAGAACACUGAGGACAUCCAGGACAGGAAAAACAGUGAAGACAAUGAGAAACCUGUCAACAAGGAGAUCAGUGAACAUGAGGACAGUGAAAAGAAUGACACUGAUGAGAACACUGAGGACAUCCAUGACAGGAAAAACAGUGAAGACAAUGAGAAACCUGUCAACAAGGAGAUCAGUGAACAUGAGGACAGUGAAAAGAAUGACACUGAUGAAGACACUGAGGACAUCCAGGACAGAAAAAACAGUGAAGACAAUGAGAAACCUGUCAACAAGGAGAUAAGUGAACAUGAGGACAGUGACGAUACUGACACUGAUGAAGACACUGAGGUCAGUGAGGACAGUGAGAACAGUGACACCAGCGACGUUAGCAAAGAUUAUCAGUCCAGGAAGGUCGAGCAGAACCGUCAGUACGCUGAAGACAGCGGAAAAGAGCAGAGCAAAAAGAAAAAGAAGAAGAGGAACUGCUUCCAACGCGUCUUCUCUUGGAUGAAGAAGACGUUCUGCUGCUGCUGCUGUGUGUCCGAUGUGAUGGACUGA